AUGCCACUUCAACGAUCUCCAUCUUAUUCAAGCUCUCCUGCGGGUUCUCGGGUACAGUCAGAGCCCGAUAUUCCGCUAAAAGUUGGACAAGAUAUAGAUAAUUCUUUUGUUUGUGUACGUAACAAGCGGUUGCGUACCGAAUCCCCCGAAGACAACGAUCGAUUCUCAGACUUCAAAAAUGAAAUUAAAUCCUUACUUACAUCCUGGAAAUCUGAACAAGACUCCAUCCUUACAUCAUGGAAAUCUGACCAGGAUUCAAUGCUAAAAAAACUUACGUCCGAUGUGGGAGAAGUAAAGUUAACAUGCAGCAACAUUCAAAAAUGUAAUCAGGAACUUGAAAAGUCACUGGAAUUCGUUAGCAAACAGUUCGAAGACAUGCGUACAAGAACAAAAAAACUAGAAAAAGACAAAAAAGAAAACCAAGCGUGCAUAUUAUCAUUAGAAGCAAAAAUUCAAGAGCUCCAGCGAAUGUCCCGCUCUGCUGCUGUUGAGGUUCGCAAUAUCCCCCAAAAGGAUAGGGAGAGCACUGCUGAUCUUACUAGAAUUAUGAGUGGUAUCGGUAAAGCAUUAAACCUGAGCCUACAGCCGGGAGACCUGCGAGAUAUGUACAGGGGACCUGGUAAGCCAGGAACAAAUAGAAAUAUUGUGGUUGAAUUCAAUGGGGUGCAGAUGAAAUACGACCUCCUUACCUCAGUGCGUAAUUUCAAUAGGUCUCGUAAACCAGAAGACAAGCUAAAUACCCAACUUAUCGGUCUGACAUCGGGUAGGACCCCCAUUUAUAUUGAUGAACACUUGUCAGCCUAUUAUUUUUACCUAUGCUAA